AUGGCUGAGGUCCCCAUCUUCACCGAACACCUCGCCCCUAUCCUGAUGGAACCUGAGCGCCAAGAAGAAUUUUUGUACUUCGGGGAAUCCGCUGACUCUGAUAGCGCUCACUCGCCGUCGGAGGGGAGUGCCUCCGAUAUUUUACCAGCCAUGUCGCAGCAGCAGCUCGGGUUCUACGGAUUCAACCUCCAAAGCGCCUUCCAGGAGGACGUGCAGGGUCUAGUCGAUCCUAAUGGACAAGCCUUUCAAGUUCAGCUCAAGCAGAAGAUGACAGUCAUAUUCCUAUUCCCCGGCUGGGAGAGAUACUCUCGCCAGGUCCACGUUCACACAGCCAACAAAACCUCGCACACGCGAGGAAAGUUGGCGAACGUAAUCGCGAAGGAGAUGGUGCAGUUCAUGGCCGCCACAUCGAAGGAGGGGAGGCCGUUGCGGUCCCAAGAGGGAAAGAUCGUGGAGCUGCAAGACCUCGUCCUGGUGGACAUCUCUCACGUCUCCCAGGGCAGCCUGCAGCCCACGAUUGGCGUCAUCCGGCGCUCCUAG